AUGCAGGUCGACCAAGUUGCCGCACUCGAAGCCUACGGAAUUCCCGUUGCAACAAUAAAUGGCACAACACCAUUAUCCGAAAGAAAAUUGAUCAUCGAGGAUAUUUUAUCCGGACACCCUAAAAUCCGCCUGCUCUACGUUACUCCAGAGUUCUGCUGCACCGAAACGUUUCGACGCAACCUGAAGAGGAUACACGCUCAAGGAGAACUCAAUCGUGUGGCAAUUGACGAGGCACAUUGUAUCAGUGAAUGGGGUCAUGACUUCCGACCGGCAUAUAAGGAGUUGUCUUGGUUUAGGGAGACUUUCAAAGAUCCCUUGGUCCCUAUAACAGCACUCACGGCAACGGCUACGCCAAAGGUGCGCAAUGAUAUUGUGAGGUUACUUGGUCUUGAUAAAGACUCCAUGAAGUGGUUUCAUACGCCUUCUGCACGCCCCAACAUUCACUACGAAGUCAAAUAUGUUGAGGAACUCGAUGAUGAUAUCAUGUCGGCCGAGGAAGAGCGAUUGCACGAUCUACUAUCAUGGUUAGAGACCGUACGAAAGCGUCGUGAGAGUCGCAUGAAUUCAGAGGAAACUGGUGAUCCCAAUGAUACAAGGCUUAGACUUCCGCCAAUAUCGGGAAUUGUAUACGUACCCUUCCGGUCGCUCGCAGAUGAACUUGCACGCCAACUCAAUAAGUCUGGUAGAAACAUCCGCGCUGUGGCUUACCACGCUGGCCUGCCGGCCGGUGACCGUAAGCGAAUUCAGAAGAUGUGGGCGUCCAAGGACCCUGCUCCGCCCGAACAAAUUGGCCCUUGUCCUUCUUUUUCGAUCGUCGUGGCUACGAACGCAUUUGGCAUGGGUAUUGACAAUCCCCAUGUUCGCUUUGUCAUUCAUUGGGCACCUCCACGAAGCUUUGAAGGACUGGUCCAGGAGUCUGGUCGUGCUGGCAGAGACGGCCGUGGAGCGGUCUCAAUAAUAUACUAUAACCGCCACGAACGUGACCGGGUUCUAGAACGAGUCAAGAAUGACGGGCAAACCGGACGAACCAGUAAUCGCUUUGCGCCUCAAUCCGCGACUUCAAAAACGCGCUCGAUGGAGGCGCGUAUUGAAAGCUUCAACAAAGUAAUAGCUUUCUGUGAGUCAACUGAUCGGUGCAGACACGAGAUUAUCCGCGAAUUCUCCGGCGAUCUCGAGCUAGAGACUAUGAUGUCAAGUCAGACGACAAGAUCGAACCCGACAUCCACGUCUCCAUGCGACUUUGCUUGCGAUGUGUGCAAAUACGGCACUGCAGAAAUCAAACAAAAAAAGAUGGAAAUGCUCAAAGCCACUGGAACAUUAGAAACUAUGGGUGCAUGUCACAACUCUGAUAUGCAUACUUUCAUGUAUUACUGGAUGACUUAUUUCGUCCGGCAUUGA